CUCCCUCCAUCGGCCUCCAAAACUCCCCAUCAAUCGCCCCCUCUCGCAUACCAUUUCUCAUUUCUCCUUUUCUUCUAGCACGUGUCAUUCGACCGUAAUUCUUCCUUAAUUGGCAUGUCUCCUGCUUCAUGAAGGCCUAAUCCCGCGCCUCCCCCCUCCCCCCACCCCCGGCUUCGCGCAGCCCGUCGCGCCUCGGCGAGUCUCGCAACUAUGCAGAUCGAUCCGGCGGCUCUGAGUCGGACAGACUCUUCGUCAACCGCAAUAACCUCGUCCAAGAGCACGGUCCCUACCGCCCCGGCGACACAGAAGUCGACCAAGGCGCUGAUUUCCGUGCCGCGGCUGGAUCUGGAGCCUAUCUACACGGAGCUGAAAGCCGCCAUCGGCGAAAAUUGGGCCGAGUACAAGGAGGCUACUGCGCUCUUUCUUCUAGGACAGUUGAAUCAAAGUGAACUCUCGUCGCGGCUCGACCAUAUAAUAUGCGCCGACCAUAAAACUGAGCAUCUGCACAAUAAUUUCAUAUGCGCAAUCAUCGGGAACCUCACGAGGGACCUUCCGGAUCAUGGAGUUGCAAGUUGGGUGUCGGCGAAUGAUAAGCCGUCAGUUGUGUCGAAGCCGACGUCAGGGGAUGCGGCUGAGCAGCGACUGAAGACGGAGGUUAUGCAACUGCCCCCUCGUGAUCGUCGAAGAAUAAAAGCCAUUCCAGAGCGUGAUCCGAACGAGAAUGCCCCCAAUGAACUGGAGGAAUACAACUUGGCCAAGCAGAUCAAGCUUCCAAGUCAAGUACCAGCCAGUGCGGGCGGAUUGAACAAGACAAACUGGGAACUGGAGAUACGGAAGCGCUACGCGCAACCUUUGGCAUCUGAGACGGGCGAAUUCCCGGAUGCCGAAUCCAUCCACGCCCGCAUGGUUCCCAUAUGCUACGAGGAGUCCAUUGUCAGCGGUGCAAGCCUCCCCUGCGCCGAAUUCAUGGCAAUCGCAACAGAGACGUUUGUGAAAGAAGUCUUGUCCGUAGUGUUCUCUCGAACAAGAUCAAACGGUCCUUCGGGAACUAUCAACGGCAUGAUGAUGCGAAGAUAUCGACAACAGCUCGAGCGGGAAGAGCUGGCCUUCACAAGAGGGGAAAUUGUCAAGGACAGUGCAACUGGUCUGCUCCCUGUCGAGGCCAAGGAGGCAAGCACCCGCAAACCACUUGGUGUUCGAGAUCUUCGGUUGUCUUUGGAGCUUGGUGGCGGAGUCCUCAGUCAUAUGCCCUUGCUUGUGGACCAGAUCAUGGGCGGCUACCUUGACGACGAGCUGGAGACAGACAAGCAGGACCGUAUUGACGACGUUGUGGAGAUCACCCUUGACGACACGACACCCAACAACUUCGCGGAUGAAAUGGAAGUGGAGGAUAGAGAACCAGAUUGGGAAGGGGGCACAAUCGCUGACCGGGAACAACUGGGCGCGCUUCUGGAUGAGUGCCUCUCCAUGGCCUCAUAA